CGCGAAAUUGUUUCUUGGAGUUCAAGUCAGAGAGAAUGAGGGAGAGGGGGAGGAAAAGAGAGAAAAGAGAAGCGGCGGCUGCUGCUGUGUUUGCAGCAGAAGAGGACAAGUUGACGCAUGUGUGACAACAGCGAAAUAUAAGCAGAGACAACAGCACAAUCUGAAGUCAGAGCUACAGGGACCCGCCACAUGAGGAUAGAGACAAAGGAAAAUAGGAGAGGAAUUUCAGACCAAGGUCUUUUUCUGAGGAGGGUGUGUGUUUUGUUUUGUUUUUUAUUCGCCCUGGAACCCGAGCAGGAGAAGCGCAGUCUUUACGGAACAGUCACGUUGAAGAUGACACGUGUGGACGGUUAACCGCAUGUUUUCAGGCAGGACUGUUUUGUGACCACACACUGUUGUGUAUCUUUAUUCUUGCUUCUUUGUGUUUGUGUUGUUAUUUUUUGCUCGGAUCAGUGAUGUCGGAGGUGGACGUCUCUGCAGACCGUGUCCCCACUCGACCUGCGGGCCAGGGCCGAACAGAGGACACGCUGAAAGAGAACCAAGAGAACAGGACUUUGCUGAUGGUGGCGAUGAUUCUACUGGACUUGAACAAAUGCAGUCCUGCCAUCAGCCAAGCAGGAACCGGUAAAUGUCUGACCAGCUGUGGUGACACCACCGGCGCCGCUGCUGCCGUUGCCUUAGAGAAGGCGGAGCCGAGGGGGAGCUCCCGGGCAUCAGUAGCAACACAGCAGUCCCGAAAUAAGGCGAGGGUUUCGGCUGCGAGGAGGCGGCAAGAGUCCCCAGAGAAGAGACACUGCUGUCCGUUUAACGGCUGCGGAAAGAUGUACGGCAAAUCAUCCCAUCUGAAAGCCCACCUCAGGGUCCAUACCGGUGAACGCCCCUUCGAGUGUACUUGGCCAGACUGUGGCAAGAAGUUCUCCCGGUCAGACGAGUUGACACGUCACUACCGCACACACACAGGCGAGAAGCGUUUUAACUGUCCAAUGUGUGACAAGUGCUUCAUGAGGAGUGACCACCUGACGAAACACGCCCGCAGACACGCAGGCUUCCAUCCCAGCAUGCUUCAGGGCUCCAGCGCAGCCAAGAGACGCCACUGCUCUGUUUCUGUCUCGUCUGACUCUGGAGGACAAAGCCCUGUGGGAGUGUGAGAGGAGAGACACCCCCCCCUAUUGUACAUGUACAUACAGUACACCGAGGUACAGGUUGUAGGAACUGUGGCAUAUACAAACAGGAUCACACCCACACAUGUAGCCCAUGGGAGGGUGUACGUACAGGGAAAUCACUCCCAAUCAGACGUCCCAACCAGCCAGACCACUAUUGGUUUGGCGUGUCUGCAGUGCAUGUAACGACAAAAAGAAACCUUACUGUGAACCUUACUUUUGUCACACCAGAGCUUCUCAUUGUUGUUCCUGAGGCGACUGGCAUUUAUUACACGUUCUUCAAGGGUCAAUCAGUCCGAUGUGGGGGUUUGGAAAUUUAUAAUUAUUUAAUGUGUUGUUAAAAGUGUUUUUUGGAAGGAUCCACUGACAGAGUGGAACGGUUGUACAUAUCACACAAACACUAAAUUGAUUCACGUCUUAAGAUGUGAAAAAACAAAACAAGAAACUCCCUAAGAACCCAACAGGAACUGGUGUUAACACUGGUACUGACUGACUGACAACAGUGCCAAUUAUCUUCUCUGUCGUGUUCACACUAUCAUUAGAUGCACUCUCGUUUUGGUCGCUCUAGAUUCCGGAACAUUUUAAUUUGUUUAUGGCAGUCAGAGAGCCACUGUACAUACGUAUAUGGGAGUGAGAGGGUUUUGUUGGUACCUCAUCUUCCGACCUGACUUGUCUGCGCUUAUGUAUUCUUACUUGAAACCACUAAUGUAAUCAGGUUAAUUUUACAGCAUUAGCUCUGCUUUAUUUUAAUAGAACCAGCCUUGAAGCUUAAACCAUGACUGGUUAUAAUGAGAAACAUUAAGUUGGGAAAAACAAGAGAGAAUUUAGGCCAGAUUGUUAUACCAUGCUUUGGUAUGUUAACACAACCCAAUUAUUAUAACAAUUUUUAAACAGAGGUAUGUAGUUGCUGACAUAGGCACCACACUGCUUUUUCAUAAUGACUGACUUAGAGCUAUGCAGUGUCUUGUAGGGAAUCCUAUUAUGUUUCAGGUCAAGAAUAUUUUGAGAAUGCCAUUUUUCUUUUUCUUUUUUAAAUCCUCAACCUCUUUGCAUAAACAGAUGCAUACAUUUUGAUCUCUCAGGUCCAAUGUUGACACCACGUUCAAACUUGGCCAAAGUGUCGCAGAGAUUUGGGAAAUGUCCUUACAUGAAUGUUAUUGCACACAUGAGCAGAUAUUUAACAUUUAACAGAAGAUUAUCCAGCCAGUCCAAGGGCAAAUGAACAGCAAAGCAGUAUUAUCAUGUAAAUAAAUGAAUCAGUAUGCAGUUGGUAUGUGAUAUUAGAGAGUAAUAAGACAAAGCUACUAUAUAGAGAAUUAUAGAACUUGGCUAUUGAAUAGAUUAAUGUGGACUUAGUAAUUCAGGUAUACUGUGAGCUUGUAGGUGUCGACAGUGUGUUUUCCAAUAACUGCACCAAAAAAAAAGUUUUGAGUCUGAUGCAAGAGCAUAACCUAUAACUAAACCUGUGUUGAAUUUUUCAGACAGGAAACCAUUACAGGGUAAAGUCUCUUCUGGGCUAAAACCACACUGAGUUAUGUUGAGUCAAAUCAUGCUAACUGUGAACUAAAACAACGUCUGUGCCUUUCAUCGGUUUCGUAGAAGAGAGAAAUUUCUACACUUUCAAGCCAUGAGUAAAAGGAGAACACUUAAAUGAAUGAACAUUGUCAGAUUAUUCAUGUUGAUAUUCAGCACAUAUGGAUAUCACCGAGGGUCUUUUAUAUGAACCAACAGUGCCAGUUGCUGCACAUUCACACUUAACUAUGUGUUUACUCUGUAUCUGGGCAUUCACACAUUAUCAGGGAACGUGAACCAUAGUCAUUCGAGUCUAUGUCACACCUCCUGGUGGUUACGUGGAAGCACAACAUUUUCAUAACAAAGUCCUUUUUGUUAACUCUCUGUCCUAGCAUUUAAAGGCACACUGUCAUGAUUAGUCAGUGAAUCCAUUAAUUCCAUUAUGUAGCAUGUUUUAUGUAUUUGUUUGGUGCUGCAAUUUUUCAUUUUUGUGCCAAUCUUUUAUAAUAUUACUAAUGGGAUGUAAGGUCUUAUUUGUCCACUACAGGAGGCUGAUGCCUUUUUGUUUGUUUUUUGUUUCUUUUAUAUUUGUCACAUUAACAAAGCUGUAAUUUUCAGGUAAAAAAACAACAACAAAUAAGUAAAUACCUGCAGCAGUCACUGUAACCAGGCUUCAUGACAUUUUCUUUCUGUUUUCCUACCACAUUUGAACUGCAGCAGCAUUGUCAGAAUAAUUGUUGCCUAAACUUGCUGUUUUAAAAUGCUUAAAUGCUGCCUCACAGUCCAUGGUUGCCUCUGCCAGAUUCUCCCCUUAAUGACAAACCAGAUAUUUUCAAGGAGACAAAACUGGACUGCAGGCCGGCCAGUCUAUUAGCAGAGGACUGAGUUAAGCAACAGUAGUUUUCUAAAUGGUUAAAGGUCAAGUAUAUUAAAGUCCAAAGUGAUUGAAUGCAGCAAAACAAAAUCCUUGUUUGACACCUUGUUUGAGAAUCGUUGCUGCAGGCACCAGUUCAGAAUUCAUUUACAUUAAACAAAUUGUCAUUUAAGGGCUUCAUUUUAAUUGUUUUUUACAUGUCAAAUGAAAGUUCUAAUUAACUAACAACCCACACACUCUAGGAUUUAUUGUAUUUUUUAAGGGAGUGAACAGACUUUUCUAAAAAACACAACACCAACCACGUACAUUUUCAACGUGCUGUCCUUUCUUUUUCUUCUGUGGCAUUAAAACAACUGUGAUAAGAUGUUUGUGCCUUUCCGAUUGAAGCUCGUACUUCUUACUUAUGCUACUGUACUAUAAUCAGGGACUUGUCAUUGCACAACCCAUUUUAUUGCAAUAUACGUACUGACGCUGUGUAGUAAUUACUGCUCUAAAAGUUUCAACAUUAAAGUUAUUUUCCUUUUUAAAUGUGG